AUGCAUGGGAUAAAAAGGAAACAAUACUCGAGAGAAAUUCUAAAACAAAAGCGUUUGCAAGAUCAAUUGAAGAUAAAAACAUACAAUAAACUCGUAGAUGAAACGUUAACUAUUCGUGAUAACAAGAUAUUUACCUCAGAAUCGUUACAAUUAACCAGCAAAGUCCUAGAACUAAACCCCGAGUUCAAUACCGUUUGGAAUUAUAGACGUGAUAUUAUAUUACAACUACAGGAUACUGCUCCUCCUGAGUUUUGGGAGAAUGAAUUACAAUUCACAAUGGAGAAAUUAAAGAGAUUUCCAAAAGUUUACUGGAUUUGGAAUCAUAGAAUAUGGGUAUUAAACAAUUAUUCUCAGGCAUCUACUAAAAUAUGGAUCCGUGAAUUAUCCAUAGUCGAUAAACUGUUAUCGAUGGAUGCCAGGAACUACCAUGGUUGGCAUUAUAGAAGGUUGAUAGUUAAAAACUUAGAGACCUUAAAAAACCAAUUGAUGGAUAAAGAAGAAUUGGGAUAUGUUACAACGGUUAUCAAUAAAAAUAUCUCAAAUUAUUCAGCAUGGCAUCAAAGGGUUCAACUAAUAACCAACUUGUUUAAAGAGCACGAACUAAACAAAAAAGAAAUGAAAAAAAUGGUAUUGGAUGAAAUAUCUUACAUAACAAAUGCCAUAUACACAGAUGCCGAUGAUCAAUCUGUUUGGUUUUAUACAAACUGGUUUAUUGAAAACGACAUUGUUCGUUUGGUUUUGACUAAUGAAGAGUACAUGAAGAUGUUAGGAGAGAUGAAAGAAAAUAUUAUCUUAAUUAAUAACGAUGAUUUGGAAUUUUCUGGUAAAGAAAACAAUUGGUGUCUGAAGAUGUUGAUUGUAAUCGAAGGUGCAUUGAAAUCUACUGGCCAUGCUGUAGAAACAGAUCACACAAAAGAAUACCUCAAUAAAUUAAUCGAUUUAGAUCCACAAAGGAAAAAUAGAUAUUUGUAUUUAUUGUCAAAAUAA